UCUAACUUUGACACCUUUCCGCUUCCGCCCGCGCUUAACCGUGCUUACCAUGAAUAAUAGAACAAUAAUAGAACACGGCAUCACGCAACAACUAAUUACCCAAGCUGCAAGUUACCGAGAUUCAUUGCCAUCAGCACCGAGGCUAAUUUGUCCUUCCAUUUAGUACCGGAAGGAUUCUCAACCAACAACGAUGAAGAAGCUGCUGUUGUGGUGGUCGCUACCUUUCAUUGGAUUCCUGACAAAUAUUUCAUCAACCGCUAUUCAACCGAUCACCGAACAACCCGAACGCAACGAUCUGUCGUCACUUUGCCUGGCCAGUCUGAUUCGUAGUACAAAAACCAGUUUUCAUCGUCAGCUUAAUCUGUUCGCCGAUUCGAAAGCUUCCGCACAGCUGGAGGAAAGUUUGCUUUCCCUGAUUGCGAAUGAAUCUCUAACCUGGAACUUGAUUCAUUAUGGCAAGCUAAGUAAUUUCAACCACCGCCAGCUGGUGGUUUGGUUCCUGGCUGAUCCGGAACGAUUUCAAGCUGGCGUGGAGGCCAUCCAGCGGAAGAACGUCGAUUUUCGCGGUUACUUUGUGUUGGUUUUGGCGAGUGGUAACAGCCUGCUGGAUGCGAAGAUGGUUUUUGAACGUUUUUGGGCUAUCCGUGUGACCCGAGUGGUGUUGCUGCUGCUGCAGAAGGAUACCGACAAAGUUACGGUGCUUGGGUACAGACCGUUUCGAGCCAGCACCGGCUGCUGCCGGUGUGUGGAACCAACCGUUGUCGAUCGUUGUCGAGCUGGAGUCUACGAACUGGGGGGAAAGUUCGACGAACUGUUUGACAAUGAAGUGCGCAGCUGUUACGGGUGUCCGUUGAGGGUGGUGACCUUCACCCGAAGGCCGUUGAUCGUUGUCGAGAAUGGAAGUAACCAUGAGCUGACGGUCGGUGGUAGUGAGGGGGAACUGUUGAAGCUGGUGGCACAGAAGAUGCAGUUUACCAUCGAGGUGAGCUCACCGAAGGAUGGCGUCGCUUGGGGUGCGAUAAAACCCAACGGUUCCGCUGAUGGGGCGGUACGAAUGCUGCUCGAGGGAGCAGCGGAUCUAACGCUCGGCGGAUACAUACCCUAUCCGGAGUUGAUGCGGUACACGAGCGGCUCGGCCACCUACUGGCAGACACAGUUUGUGUUUGUCGUUCCGGAGGAACUGGCAGCGGUUUCUUCGCUCGAUCGGCUGCUGAAACCUUUCCAGUGGAUCGUUUGGGUGAAUGUGUUGGUGGCGCUGGUUGUCAUUUACGGUGUGAUUGUUGGUUUGAACUUUUCCUCGGUCGGCUAUUUUGAUUGUUACCCCAUUCUGGGGUUGUUCCGAGUAAUUAUCGGAGAUGCUCUUCCGAAACUACCAAAAGGAAAUUUCUUCAGUUUCCUGUUUAUUAUAUGGCUGUACUCUACGUUGAUUAUUCGUGAAAGCUACAAGUGUUUCAUGAUCGGUUAUCUAACGGAACGAGAACCACUGAUCGAUAUCAGUUCGUUGGAAGCCUUGGUGGCAGCCGGUUACCGGCUGGGAGUCACCGAAAAUCUGAAAGGUCUUCUGUUUGCCGAUUCCUUUCAGUACGCCGAAAAGGUUCUCAUACUAAGCGACGACGAAUAUCGGGAAGGAUUCGAACGGGUAGUCCGGUCGGGGCAGCAUCGGAUAGCAAUGAUCACACUGCCGGAGGUAAUCGUCGACUUUAACCGGCGACACCCGGACAACCUGAACUACCGAAUUUGUGACGAAAAGGUGCUAAGCUUUCACUACAGUGUCUACUUCCAGCGGUCGUCGCCGCUGGUGCCGCCGUUCAGUACCUGGAUCGACAGAAUUGUCGAGGUAGGCAUCACGGAAAAGUGGAGAAGGGAUAAUCUGGACAAACGCUACCUGGCGAGCAGUUUGAAUGACGACCGCAGGACGGUACUGACAAACAGACACUUGUUCAGCGGGUACGUUUUCUACGGGAUUGGUCUGCUGCUGGCCGCGUUUGUGUUUGUGUUGGAGAUCUCUACCGAACGGAGUCGGUUGUCGGUAGCAAUCUUUUCAAUAGGUAGACAACAGCGGGAGAUUUCCACUGGCGAUUAA